GGGGCUAAUGAAUUAAAAGCCUUGAACUCUUCUGCUCUGUCACUUUUUUUUAAAGCCUCCGUCGGAGAGAAUGAUCCCUGAAGCAUGGCAAGCCAUUAAGUGAGAGAGGAAAGGCAGAAGAAGCCAGGAGGCAAAGCAGAGAGAAAGAGAGAAGUCCCUUGGGGGAAACAAACUUUAUUCAAAUUGCAGGUAGCCCUAUGCCUCUCUGACAGCUGUCCAAGUCUCUCAGGGCCUGUCAGUGUGCUGCUAUGUAGCAGGUGCUCCUUUUGCUUCUAUUCGUCACUUUACUUCAUAAACCCAAAGAGCAGCCAAGGCAGCGGCUGUGACCCAGGAUUAACCAAGGGCACCACACACCCAGCUGAGUGAGCAAUACAACAUCUAAGAAAGCAAAAGACAAGCUCGGCGGCACACAUGAUCACCACAGCAAGGAUACCUGCUGAUAAACCUGUACGGAUCUCCUUCAGUCUUAAUGACUCUACAGAUGAAUCCUCUGCAGAGAAUACUUUCCCACUGGCAUUUCCGGAUCUAGAUCAGCAGCUUCAGCCCCUUCCACCAUGUAAUUCUUCAAAAGAAUCCAAACAAGUGUUUACAGACCACUGCAAAAUAGCAGAGGAAUAUCAUGAAGUGAAGAAGGAAAUUGCGCUACUGGAAGAAAGAAAAAGAGAACUGAUUGCAAGGCUGGAUCAAGUGGAAAAGGAGAAUGUGGAUGCCGUGCACUUAGCUCAGGAAUACGAGGACCUUUCUAAUGAGAACCAGAGCCUCAACCUCGCUCAUGCCCGAUGUAAAGAGCAACUGGAGAAACUGAGAAUACUGUAUCAGAGGCAGGGCUCUUCCUAACUGGCUCGUGAUGAUAAAUAAAAUGCUCUGACAAAAGUCAUACUGAAAAUCUAUGAACCCACAGGUUCUCUUUUUUUGCCCCAUUUUUGUAGCCCAUAUCAACCAACAUGAAAGCAAACAUCUCAUCUGUUACAGAGGGCAACUAGACUUGGUACACUUGAGACACACGCUCAAAUUUGGGGAGAUUUAGUCGCCCAGUGAUAAAUCGCCUCUUCUUCUGGACGACUACCGUAUAUACUCAAGCAU